AUGAAGGCGGUGAUGAAAUUCUUCUACAUCUUAUGUAUAUUUUCGUAUGCAUAUGGUGCACCAGUAUCAGAUGCACCAAUCGAUCGACUUUCCAAUGAAAAUAAUACAACAAAUACUGCUUGUCCAAAGCUAUUCUGUCCGCUUAUAGCAUGCGAGAAUCCACAGCCAACUACUACAAUGAUCAAUGGAACAGUAUGUCCAGGAUGUCCCACCUGUUCUGAUGAUUGUCCAAGAUUUCCUUGCCCAAUGAUAGAGUGUGAGAAUUCUCAACCAACCAUAGUUAUAAUCAAUGGCAAACGAUGUCCAGGAUGCCCUAUCUGUUAUAAUGGUUGUCCAAAGCUGCAUUGUCCAAUGAUAAAGUGUACGAAUCCUCAGCCAACUACUAUAACAGUCAAUGGCAAGAAAUGUCCAGGAUGUCCUAUCUGCUCUGAUGAUUGUCCGAAACUGUACUGUCCAAUGAUAGCGUGUGCAAAUCCUCAACCAACUACUAUAACAGUCAAUGGUAAACAAUGUCCAGGAUGUCCUCAUUGCGAUCUUUCCACAACGACUGCCACCUACUGA